GGUAAACAUUGAAGAAAAUAAAGUUUUUGCACUGCUUACUGAACGUUGUCUUUUUAAGCAGUAUUUUAAUUGGUGCCUAGAAUGAGUUCUAUAUAAGCGCAUCUGCGAGUAUUGAGCGCAACAUUUGAGUUCUGAUCAUGCGAGCGUUUACAGUGUUUAGUUUGUUAACAGUUUCACUAGCCUUGAGCAACGGCUAUGGAGUAUCACAUAGCGGAGGAGGGUCCGGUGGACUGGGUUUAGGCCUUGGACUCGAUAUUGGUGGUUCUAAAGGCGGCCUUUUGGGUCUUGGCUUAGGCGGUGGAGCGAGUCUGAGUUCGGCGUCCGCUAAUGCGGCAAGCAGUUCCGGUUCAGGUUAUGGUGGAAGUUAUGGUGGAGCUGGUGGCGCAAGCGCUGGUGGUUCUGCUUCCAGCGGGCUUGGUCUGGGUCAAGGCCUUGGCGGUGGUUUAGGUGGCAGUGGUGGUGCUGGAAGCUCUUCAUCAGCUGACGGAUCAGCAUCUGCUGGAGGUUCAUCUGGUCUAGGAGCUGGAGGCUUUGGUGGUGGUGCUGGCGGUUCAGGCGGCGCUGGCGGUUAUGGCGGCAGUAAAGGCGCAUCUGGAGGAUACGGUUCAUCUGAUGCUUCCGCUGGUAGUUCAGCCAGUGCUGGCGCAGGUGGCGGCACUGGUGGUGGAUUUGAUGGAGGCCUAGGAGGUGGACUCGGUGGCGGCGCUGGUGGUUUUGGCGGCGGUAAAGGCGCUUCCGGAGGACACGGUUCAGCUGCUGGUUCAGCCAAUGCUGGCACCGGAGGCGGAUUUGAUGGAGGCUUUGGUGGUGGUCUGGGUGGCGGCUCAGGCGGCGCUGGUGGUUAUGGCGGCGGUAAAGGUAGUGCCGGCGGAUAUGGUUCAGGCAAUGCUGGCGCUGGAGGCUUUGGAGGUGGACUUGGUGGUGGUGCAGGAGGCGCUGGUGGCUUUGGUGACGGUAAAGGUAGCGCCGGAGGAUAUGGAUCAGCUGGUGGUUCAGCCGGUGCCGGAGGCUUCGGAGGUGGACUAGGUGGCAGUUCUGGCAGUGCUGGCGGUUAUGGUAGUGGUAAAGGCAACGCCGGCGGAUAUGGUUCAGCUGGUGGAUCCGCUGGUGGCUCAUCCGGUUCUGGCGCUGGUGGUGGAUUUGGGGGAGGCUUUGGAGGUGGACCUGGCGGUUUUGGCGGCAAUCAGGGCAGCGCCGCAGGACAUGGAUCCGCAUCGGCCAGUGGUUCGGCUAACUCUGGCGCAGGAGGUUCAGGAGGUGGAUUUGAUGGAGGCUUCGGAGGUGGACUUAGUGGUGGCUCUGGCGGUGCAGGAUCCUCCGGGGGUUAUGGUGGCGGUAAAGGUAACACUGGAGGAUAUGGUUCAGCUGGUGGUUCAGCCGGUUCCGGUGCUGGAGGUGGAUUUGAUGGAGGCUUUGGAGGUGGACUGAGUGGUGGAGCUGGCGGUGCUGGAGGUUUCGGUGGUGGAAAAGGUGGAGCUGGAGGACAAGGAUCAGCAUCAGCCGGUAGCUCUGCUGGAAGUGGAUCUGGUGCCGGUGGUUAUGGCGGCGGUAAAGGCGGUGCCGGUGGAUUUGGAUCUGCAGGCGGUUUAGCUGGCUCCGGCGGAGGGGCCGGGUUCGAUGGAGGAUUUGGUGGUGGAGCUGGCGGUGGUCAUGGUCACGGUCACAGAAAACACGGACAACACGGCGGCGCUGGUUUAGGUCUCGGACUUGGUCUUGGCCUAGGUGGAGGCUUAGGAGGUGCUGGCGGUUUUGGUGGCGCCGGUGGUUUUGGCAGCGGUGGUGCUGGUGGAGCCGGUGGUGCUGGUGGAGCUGGUGGCUAUGGCGCUGGUGGUCGAGGUGGUGGUGCAGGUGGUUAUGGUGGCAGUGGAGGCUAUGGUGGUGCAAGUAGUUCAGCUCAUUCGUCAGCCUCAUCAUCGGCAUCAGCUUCAGCAUCGGCAUCAGCAUCGUCAGGUACUUUCAAAACAGGAUACGGCCGAUAAGCAAAACUUAGAUUGCAUAUUUGCUCGCAUAUAAGUACUAAAUAAGUUUUUUUUAGAAAAGCAGAGAUUUUUGUGUUCUAUUAUAGGUAGAAAUAGCAUAUAAAUUCGCAUUGUGAUUGAAAAAUAAACGAAACAAAUAAAAUCAUAAUAAAUAAAGUAAUUUUUAACGACUUUUAAAACCCGUUUGUCUGUAUGCAAAUUUCAAGAUUGCUUCUUAUGAAAUAUUGAAUGAUUGCAUUUAUUACAAUUGAUUUUUUAUGAGAAUAUUUAAUGCCUAGUAAUCCAGUGAGGCGAUCAAGAUGUUUUCAAUGGCAGAAAAAAUACAUUAAAUGGUUAUCUUAAA